GCAGCAAUGGAAGGUGCGGUUAAGUUGCAGAGGCAGCUAGUUGAUUAUACCGCCUCCCUAUUUCAAGAGGGCUAUCUAGAUGAACAAUUUAUCCAGCUCCAGCAACUUCAGGAUGAAAGCAACCCACAGUUUGUAGUAGAAGUGGUAUCUCUCUUCUUUGAAGAAGCUGAGAGGCUGCUUGAUGAACUGGCAAAGGGACUAAGCCAGGAAAACACUGAUUUUAAAAGACUGGAUGCCCAAGUUCACCAGUUGAAAGGCAGUAGCUCCAGCAUUGGAGCACAGCGAGUUGGGAGAAUUUGCAUUACUUUCAGAAACUACUGCGAGAUGCAGAACGUAGAAGGGUGUCUGAACUGCUUGCAACAAGCAAAACAAGAGUAUUCCUCGGUGAAGGGCAGGCUUGAGACUCUGUUCAAGAUGCAGCAGCGACUUUCAGCCACCGGCGGAUCGGUUUCUACACCUUGA